AUGCCUGAGCUGAUACACAUCGUUCUCGUCAAGCUCAAGCCCUCUGUGCGGUCCGACGAGUCGGCCUUCUCCACCUUCGUCACCAAGUGCAACGAGCUGGGAACUUAUCCUUCUUUGCAGCCUCUCUUGACAGAGUUCAAAUGGGCCGAGCCAGUGUAUGCGGAUAGGACAAAGGGCUUCAAUUGGGCUCUGUACUCUCGAUUCCGUCAUCGUGAGGACUACGAGAAAUAUAGGGAUGAUGAAGGUCACAGAACGUAAGUGCCACCUUGCCAUCUCCGCUAGCCCACGAAAAUCAGACACAUUUUACGCUCGAUCACUUUUUCGCUUGAACAGCUUCGUCAAGGAGGUCAUGAGCCCAGCGCUAGACGGUAAGCGCGCGGUGCAGAUCCCUAUGAAGCUCAGUACGCUGCUCAUGCAGCUAUGCUUUCGCCUCGCAGAGAUCAUGGCGUAUGACUUGGAGGUUUGA